UGUUUUUGGAAAUUUUAAUGAUUGCGUGGAUUGUUUACUUCGUUAAAAUGUUGCCCCGAAACGCGGCGACGAUGACAUUAUCCAAUAAGUAUUAUCUCGCAAUAUUAAAUUAAUAUGAUUCAAAUUAUUAUUCGAAUGAGCACGAAUAAGAUUAUGGUUUUUCAUGCAGAAGUGGGCGGGGCUUCGAGGUGGGCGGAGCCUCCCCUGGGCUUUAAAAUAAAUUGAAAAAUCCCCCCCCUCGAGUGGCUUUUCCCACUCCACAGAGAUGGACGCGGAGCGGGUGGGAGACCUCUUCCCUUCCAGGCUUCCAGCCGAGGCCCCUGAAGAGGAGUGCCGCCCCCCGGCGCCCGCCCCCCGCAAGCGCAAGCGCACCACCUUCAGCCGGGGCCAGCUGUGGGAACUGGAGCGGGUCUUUGCCCUCCUGCCCUACCCGGACAUCGGCACCCGCGAGCGCCUGGCCCAGCUCACCCAACUGCCCGAAGCCAAAAUCCAGGUCUGGUUCCAGAACCGCCGUGCCCGGAGGAUCAAGACGGGGGCCACCCCCAAAGCAAAGCCAGCCCCCUCCUCGGCAUCAGGGAACCACCACGUUGCAGGGCCUUCUCCGCAUUGGCCCCUCUUGGAGGAGGAAGAGGAGGAAGAGGAGGAGGAGGAAGGGAGAAGGCAGGCAACGUCGGCUUGGGCCGCCUGGGCUGGCACAUGGGAGGCGGGCCCCACUCCGGCCCCCGGCCCCACCUCCAUGGGCUCCAUCUCGGAGCUCAUCUACAGCGCCGCCUUGGUGGCCAACUUUGGUGAGGUCUAGGCGCUCUGGGACUACCACGACUCUUCGUAUUCUCCAGUAUUCUUAAUUGGACUUCUCGUGUGCUCUGCUGAUGAUGUUCCCAUUUUGCAGUCCCAAAGCUCUGCUGGCUUGGAGGGGAGGGCCCUGGGACGACGGUGCUGGGGAUGGGAUAUGUAGUCCGCCGCCCCUGUCUAACCUCUGCAGACCGAGGCCCUUUGAGACUUGUAGCUCUGCUGGCAGGAGCGCACUGGGAUAUUAUUAAU